AUGUCUCAAUCAACCAACAACUUCAUCUCCAUCAACAAACUCACCAACACUCGCGUCCUCCUCAUCGGCGGAACCUCAGGCAUCGGCUUCGUCGUCGCCCGCGCCGCCCUCGAACACGGCGCCAACAUCAUCCUCUCCAGCUCCAACCCGGAGAGACUCGCCUCCGCUAUAUCCCGUCUGAAGACCCUCUACCCAGACCCAUCCUUCACCUCCCGCAUCACCGGCAAGGCAUAUGACCUAAGCGAUGAAUCUACCCUAGAGACCAAUAUCAUCUCCUUACUCGACUACGCUACCUCUCCAUCCAUCUUCCCCAACACCACCACCAAUACCGAAGGGAAAAUCCUUCUAAACCACAUAUCCUACACCUCCGGCACACGCCCCUCCCGCGCCCCCAUCACCCCUACCUCCUCCCUCACGCCCCAAACCUAUACAUCCAGCCAAACCCUCCGCGUCCUGGCCCCCCUCAUGCUGGGCAAACAUGCCAAGACCUACAUGGUGGAUUCGCAUACCUCGUCGUUGACGUUCACGUCCGGCGUGUUGGCGAGUAAGCCGGUGGUGGGGACGACGUUGAGUGCGAUGGCGGGGAGUGCGCUGGGAGGGCUGGUCAGGGGACUGGCGGUCGAGUUGGCGCCCAUUAGGGCGAAUGUUGUGGCACCGGGGGCGGUGGAGACGGAGAUUUUUGAUGCUCUUGGGGAGCAGAAGGACAUGUAUAUGGAGAUGUUUAGGAAGGGGACGGUCUUGGGGAGGGUUGGAGCCCCGGAGGAUGUGGCGGAGGCGUAUUUGUGGUGGGGUGUGAGAGAGAGAGGGAGAGAGUUAGUAGUCGGGGAUGGUGGCAUGGGUAUGAGGGAGAGAGUUGUUGUUGAUAUGGUAUGUGCUAUCAGUAACUUACAUCCAAAUCCUCAGUAA